AUGCCGGGCUUCGCAGAUUCGUUCUGGUCGAACGACUACGCCGCAGGGCUCGGGGUCCUGUUUGGCAAGCUACAGCAAGGCGUCGUCGAGAAUCGCCAGGUCCUCACCAUCGCCCGAAUGCGCGCCGAGGCCGAGGAGGUCUACAGUCAGCGACUAGCCGAGAUUCCUCCAGCCGUUGACAAGAUCCAAGGCGGGUUCAACCGCGACGAUGGCGCCAGUGUACGGAAGGCGUACGAAGGAGUGCGAUCCGAGAUGGAGGAAGCCUCCAAAACCCACAGGAAGAUCGCUCAGAACAUCCGCGACCUCGUCGUGAACCCAUUUUCGCGAUGGUGUGAAGCCCACGAAGCCCGGAUACAAGAUUCUCAGGAGGAGCUGCAGGCGCGGGUCAAAGCGCACGAAAAACAGGCCGAGGCUGUGAAGAAGCUCAGGAGCAACUACUUCAACAAAUGCCGCCUGGUCGAGGACAUUGAGGAGGAGAACAAGCUCGCUUUCCAGGACCCCGAGACCAGCCCACAGCAGCUGCAGAACAUUCCCGAGAUCAAGGUCGAGCAGGAGACUGCAGAAGAGGAGGAGCCCCUCGAGAUCGGCGACCAGAUAUAUACGCCGGAACAGGUCAAGAAGAUCCUCGCGCACAUGAUCUCCACCAUCAAAAUGGGCGAGACCAAGGUUCCAAUCCUUGGCACAUAUCAGAACACCUCUGCUGGCGCAGACAUCGUCGACUACAUUCAGCAGCACAUGGGAAGCACGAGUGUGAGUUACGCCGAGCGGAUUGGCCAGGACCUAGUGACGCAUGGCUUCCUGCGCUUGGUCGGGAACGUCGGGAACACCUUUGCCAACAGCUCUAAGAUGUUCUACCAGUGGCGGCCAAAGGCUUUCGAGGCGGCCGGUGUGCCGGAAAAGAAGCCGCUGGGAAGGACCUUUUCGAUCCCCGUGACUGGGGCUGACGGUAGCGACUCGCCCGUGGUGGGCACUGUGUCAGAGUACCUGGCCAAGUGGGACGUCCUGAACACGUCGCGACCGAAUGAGACGCCAGCCGAGCGCAUGCGCCGCGAAGCGAGGGAGGCGGAUGAGAAGUACAAGGCUGGGGUCCAUAAGCUGGACGAGAUGCGCUGCGAGCUGGAGGAGGCUAUUUCCCUGCAUCUCAGAUUCCUCGAGCGCUGCGAGCUGGACCGGCUCAAGGCGAUCAAGACGGUCAUUCUGGACUUCUCCGGCACCAUUAGCAAUGUGAUUCCCAGCUUGCAGGCAACCGUCGACAAUAUGAUGCUGUUUCAGGAGACUGUGCAGCCGCUGGGCGACCUGCGCUAUCUGCUGGAGAACUACCGCACCGGCAGCUUCGCUCCCAAGGUAGUGGUCUAUGAGAAUUAUUACAACAAGGUUGACGACCAAACCUUUGGCGUUGAUCUCGAGGCCCGCGCCAGGGCUGACCGGAAGCGGGUCCCUAUCAUCAUUACCACGCUCCUCACGUACCUGGAUCACCAUUAUCCUGAUCUUGAAGGCGAUGAGGCCCGCCGGGGCGUGUGGCUACAUGAGGUUCCGCUUUCUCAAACGCACAAGCUCAGAGCGAGGGUCAAUAAUGGAAAGCCGCCUGCGCUCGAAACAUUUGCUGAGUUCGAUAUCCCCACCGUCGCAAGUCUUCUGAAGCUCUACUUGCUUGAGCUUCCCGACUCCCUUGUCUCCUCCCAUGUCUACGAAAUUAUCAGGUCCAUCUACACCACCCCGACAGAAGGUGGCGAUGCUGCCCGCGUUGCGGUUCUGCAACAGACGCUCUCCCAGCUGCGACUCACUAACAUUGCGUCGCUUGAUGCAUGCAUGAACCACUUUACUCGCUUGAUCGACCUGACCUCGGCUGACGAGGAGUACAUCUCCAAGCUGGCGACCACCCUCGCGCCCUGCAUCCUGCGCCCGCGCACCGAGACGUCGCUCACAAUGGAGGAAAAGCAUGCCUAUCGCCUUGUUCGCGACCUGUUUGCGCACAAGGAUGCCAUCUUUAACGAACUGAAGCGCCUGUCGACCAUGAACUCGUCUGGGUCCAUCAAGGGUAACCAGAACCGCCCGCGGGCGAUCUCCACCGACGAGAGUAACCGCAAGGCCCACAUGGAAGAGCGCACCCGUGCCCUUCUGGAGAAGGCCAGUGGCAGCCGGAGCAGGGCGACAUCACCCGCGCCGAGCCCACGGGCCUCCCAUCGCCGAGACAGGAGCGUGGGCGGGCCCGAGACGCGGUUCCCCAUCUCAACAGGCAUCUCCAGCCCCACCAGCGAGCGCACCAAACGCGGCAGCCUGGGCCCCGUCCUCCCCAAGCGCACGAGCCUCGAGGUCCCCGCGGAGUCAGACGCCUCCAUGGGCCUGAGCCACCCGUCUGAUGGCAACUUCAUCAUGAACGGCAUCGCAGGUAUGACGGCGGCGGACCCGCAGCUGGCCAAGGUGGGCGAGCACGAGGGCAUGGUCGAGAAACGAAACAGUCUAGGCCGCAGCGGCGCCCGGUUCUCGGCCGGCCGCCGAGUCACGCCUGCGUCGUCGGCUGCCGCGAGGACGGCCACUCCCCCUCCUCAUCAUCAGCACACUGGCAGUGGGCCCCAGGAACAGCAACAGCACCCGCCGCAGCAUCACCAGCAGCAUAGCGUCACGCUUGUGGAUGCGCCGAUGGACUAUUAG